AUGGCGAGUCUCACAAAACUCAACACGUUUUUAGAAGAACAUUCAUAUAUUGAAGGCUAUGAACCAACUCAAGCAGAUGUGACUGUAUUCAAAGACCUUGACAAUGAGGAAGCAGAACGACUAAAGGCAGAACGUCUAGAAGCGUAUCAUAAAAAAAAGGCAGCUAAACCGAAGGUUAUCGCUAAAAGUAUGGUUUGCUUAGAUGUCAAACCUUGGGAAGAUACUACUGACUUGGAUGAAAUGGAAAAGCUUGUGAGGGGCGUUACUUUGGAUGGGCUCGUGUGGGGUGCUUCUAAAUUGAUUCCAAUUGGCUAUGGCAUCAAAAAGUUACAAAUUUCAUGUGUUGUCGAAGAUGACAAAGUCGGCAUUGGUGAGAAUUUUAUAUUAAAAUUAUCAAAGUUUAUGCAAAUAUGUAUACUUAAUUCUGUUUAUUCUUAUAAAGAUGACUUAGAAGAACAAAUCACUGGGUUUGAAGACCACGUUCAAAGUGUUGAUGUUGUUUCUUUCAACAAAUUGUAA